UGUCAAAAGCUAACAUUUUUCUUCAUUGCUUCGCUUCGCUUGAAAUGAUAGAAGUAUCCCAAGAUUCUGUUUUGGAAAGCUAAAAAAAUCCCAAUAAAUAGAUAUACUUGAAUUAAACUCAAUAUUGUAUAGGACAAAAAUGGCUGGACUGGAAUCUAUGAUUGUCGAGGAUAAACAGCAACAGCAGAAACAAGUUGACCGAGAAAAGACUUGUCCGCUAUUACUGCGUGUAUUUUGUUCGACCGGACGACAUCAUUCAGCCAACGAGUAUAAUCACGGCAAUGUUCCAUCGAACGAGCUGCAAAUCUACACAUGGAUGGAUGCAACACUGCGGGAACUGACUACCUUAGUAAGGGACGUAAAUCCGGAAACGCGACGUAAGGGUACCUACUUUGAUUUUGCCAUUGUUUCUCCGGAUCGUGGUUCCCAGUUUCGGAUGCGAGAAAUCGGAGUCACUUGUUCCGGGCAGAAGGGAGCUGAUGAUUCAAAAACCCUGACAAAUGCUAAAUUUAUCAUUGGAGAUUAUAUGGACAUUAACAUUACCCCUCCGAACCGUAUGCCACCGAUGAGACGACCCCGGCCCUACUAGGGUCGGCCAAGACCCGGGCUGCGUUGGGCCGCUGGUCCAACGGACGGGUGGAAUAAAUAAUUUUGCAUUCAAAACAAUUUUAUAAAAUAGGAAGCAUAUUUCCUUCUCUUUAUUAGACAUCUUAAGUCGUACAAGUAAAAUAAAUACAAUCCUAAUGACGAAUGAAA